UUUCUGCGCGGCCCCCCUCCCAGCUCCUCCUUCUUCCUCCCAUGUCCCAUUUUGCACCCGUUGCCAGCGGCCCACACACGCCGGAAAACGCCCCGCGCGCCGCCGCGGCCGCACGGGCGGCGCCAGCACAUGCCGCCGCCCCGUUUUCGCCCGCGCCCCGGCCCCCUGCGUGCCGCGCCAGCGCCCCCCAAAAAGCCCUGCCCGCGGCGGCUAAGGGCCGCCAAAACACCGCCCCCAGCCGCCCCCCAAAAAGCCCUGCCCGCGGCGGCUAAGGGCCGCCAAAACACCGCCCCCAGCGCCGCGCCGCCAGCGCCGCUGGCCGCCGAAAGCGCCCUGGACAGCGACGACGACUUCUACACGCCCGGCAGCCCCGCGCUCGCGCAGUCGCGGGCGUUUUUGCUCCAGGAAUCGGUCGCCAGGGCGCGUGUCCGUGUGGCCCGCGAGAAGGCCCAGGCCGCCGGGCACAACGCCACCAAGACGCUCCGCCACCGGCGCGGGAUCGCCGCGCGCGCGGCCGCCUUUGCCUUGCACGGCUCGUACACCAUGGCCGGCAACCUGCGGCAGCUCAGCCGCGUGCGGUACAGCCGCUCCGGAACGGCCGUGGCGUGCAGCCUGUGGGCCGGGCAUUUGCAUCUUUUGCACAAGGACAGCAGCGGCUUCUACCGCGAGACGCACCGGCUGGCGCCCGGGCACCACGCGCAGAUGGCCACGGUGGCGUGGAGCCCGGGCCACGAGCGGUUGCUCGUGCUGGGCGGCGCGGAGGGCUGCAUCAACGUGUGGCACGCGCCCGGCGCCGCGGACACGACGGCGCUCUUGCCGGCGGCGAGCACAAAACACGCGCACGGCGCGCGCGUGGCGCAGACCGCGUUCCACCCGGGCGGCACGCUCUACGCGUCCGCGUCGCACGACCACACGUGGAAGUUGUGGGACGUGGCGCGGCCCGCGCGCGAGUUGGUGGAGCAGGAGGGCCACGCCGGCGAGGUGCACCUGGUGGCGUUCCACCCGGACGGCGGGCUCGCGGCCACGGGCGGGCUCGACGCGCACGCGCUUCUCUGGGACCUCCGCAGCGGCCGGCGCAUCGCGGCCUUCGAGGGCCACGCGCAGGGCGUGUACAGCAUGGACUUCUCGCCCAACGGGCGCCACCUCGCCACGGCCAGCGGCGACCACCUGGUGCGGCUCUGGGACUUGCGCAGGCCGGGCGCGGAGCUCUUUGUGAUCCCGGCGCACACGCGGCUCGUCAGCGACGUGCGCUUUGUGGGCAGCGCCGCGGGCUUCGGCGCGGCGCCGGCAAGCGGGGGCUCAGAAUGGGCGGACCCAGAGCCGGUGGACCCAGAGCGGGCGGACCCAGAGCGGGUGGACCCAGAGCGGGCGGACCCGGAGCGGGUGGACCCAGAACGGGCGCUCUCCUCACCGCUCCCCCCACAGCACAGAGGCCUCGCCGAGCCCGUCACGGACGACAACGACGCACACCCAGAAACGCUCCCGGUGGCGGGCACCUGCCUCGUCACAAGCUCCUACGACAACACGGUCAAGGUCUGGUCGGCAGACAACUGGGUGCACAUCAAGACCUUGCACGGGCACACGGACCGCGUGCUGAGCUGCGACAUCCGCAGCGACGGCGCCGAGAUCCUCAGCUGUGGUUGGGACCGCACCAUGCGGGCGUGGGGCUUGGGCGAUGCGUGAGGGUCCUGGUACCGGCUCUGGGAGGCUGCACGGGCAUCCGGCCUCUUCUCUCUUCCAAAAAUAGGUGAGAUGAAGCGGAGCGUACAGAGCCCUUAGGAUCAUCUGGCGCUUGCCUCGCGACUGCUGACCAAAAAAGGCGCCGCAGUUCAGCAGCACCGUCAUCCCUAGCUGUCGAAAAUCCUCCCAUGUUCAUUGUGCCAAUGGUACGUGAUUGUGUCUCAUAUCUAGAGUUGAAUAGGGAAUAGCAUCAAUGGCCACAUGGCUAUGGUAAAUGUUCU